GGACCAUAUCACCACUGAAUAAUUCCGAAAAUGAAUCAGAACACGUCACGUCUUUUUAUAAUAUUACUAAUAUGCAUUUUCCUUCAUUCUACUGUCGGCAGAAGACACAAAUUAAACUCCUUGUUAGAAGCCAGACCUAAACAAUUCAAGUACAUGGUUUUUUUGCAAUACACGAAGGAUCCUUACAUGUGCGGGGCCAGCAUCAUAGGCGAACAGCAUAUACUGACAGCUGCUCACUGUCUUAUCGGUGAGGACGACAAGUUCUACAAUCACCACUACAGUGCACUUUUAGGAGCUACUCGGGUACAUAAGAAAAGCGACGAGAUCCUCAAAAUCAAAAUUGAGAAAAUUUACGUUCCAUCAAAAUAUUCUGUUCUCAAUUCGUAUCCUAAGAAACCAUUACCGCUUAGAGGAGACAUAGCAGUGGUCAAGCUCUCGAAACCCCUAAAACUAUCAAAACACCCUCAACUGAGUGUAUUGAAGCUAGCCGAACCAGGCAAGUCGUACAUCGGUCAGAAGGCAGUCAUCACUGGCUACGGCAUAAACAUUCCAAGCGUACUACAUAAUUACCAAACAGGUGCCCCAGAGGAAAAGGGAAUUGCAGAUGGAAAACUACGUUUCGCUAAAGUGAAUAUUCUCGAUUUGGAGGAAUGUAGAAAGGCCUACAAAGAUCACCCUAUAGAUGAUAAAACCAUUUGCGGCCAAGUUCAGCAAUCAAGUGAUAAACACGCCGAAGGAACUUGCAAAGGUGACAGCGGAGGGCCACUUGUAAUUAACGGGGACACGGUAAUCGGUGUAUUGUCAUCGAGUGCGCUUGGCUGCGAAGAAGACGUAAAGCCUGCUGUUUACACCGCUGUUGGAGAUUAUCUAGAGUUCAUUAAAAAUGCCAUGGCCGACGUAAAAUCACCCAAAAUUCGCACGGCUACUUGGAAACAGAAAUUGGGCAUUGGAAGUUGGACUUGGACUACACAUUUGGUAGAAGAUUGAUUAAUGGACUUAAUAAAAAAAACGUUC